AUGAUGCGGCCUGACCCAAGAGUAGUUUUAAAGUACAAGUUAGAAAAACAUAAAAGAGCAAAAGAUAUCAGGCACGAAACAGAAUGCUUAAGGAGAGAAAAGGAAUAUUUAGAAUGAAAAGAAAAGCAGCAGCUUAAAGAAGCAUUAAUGAAAUAUCGAGAAGUAGAAGAAUGCUAUAUCAAACAAAUCAUCAAGAAAACCAAAAUUAAAAAAUCAAAGUCAUUUCAUGACGCUUAUGUCCAAACACAAAAGCCCGUAAUUAAUAAGACAAAUAAGCAAGUUCAAGCUGAAAUAAAGAUUGAAAAUUCUCAAAUAGAACCAACACAGCCGAUUUCAACAGAAGUUUCAGCUAGAAACCCGAACUUAUGUCUGCCUGUGAUGCACAAAAAAUCAAAAAGUGGUGUAAUGCUAGUGCAUUUUGUUGGGCAUUCGCCAAAGCAUAAAAGAAAAAAAAUAUUAAAUGACGAAAGCUUGAUGAGCGAUUUAUCCCAGAUAAGAGGUUCUGCAAGCUUAUCCAGAGUAGAGGAAAAACCGAAUAAUUCUUAUGAUUUUUCUAUUGGAGACACUUUGGUUAAAGAUAAUGCCGUACAAAAAUUGAACCCAUUUUUCCAUUCGUUUAGGGAUGUAGAAAUUCCAAAGUAAAUCAUAUUUAGAAUCAAAAAGAAAGAUGACUGAAAACUAGCAAGGAUGAAAGAUUAUUAUAAUUUAAGAGUCAAAAGUGAUUUUGAGCCUGUCGUGAGUGCUAAAAAUAAAAUCAAUAUUGAGCUCAGGAAUCAUAAAUUGGAAAAACCUAAAAGUAUUGAGAUUGAAAGAGUAAAACUUAUUGAUUUAAUAUAA